AUGGAAAAUAAUAUUGAAAUUCCAAGAAUCGGGUUACAAUUUGACAGUUAUUGCACUGCAUAUGCUUUUCUUAAAAAGUAUAUGGAUUUAAGCCAAGAAUUUCUUACUAUUAAAACAAGUAACCUCAUCCCGGUUACAGAACCAUACAGUUGUACUUUUGUAUAUACCAGAGUAGUAUUUGCUUGUAAACGAGGUGGGAAUAAUUAUCAACCGAAAGGUUUAGGUUUACGUGAAACAAGCACAUUUAAAGUUGGUUGUUCUGCUCUAAUUGAAUUGAAGUUAAUCAAAGAUUACAACCGAAGAUACUUGAGAAUCGUUGAAUGUGAUUUAGUCCAUACACAACAUGAACCAACAGGACCAUUGUAUAAGUUGUUUCCGGAAAAUAGACGAUUAUCACCAGAACAGCUUGCAGAAGUGCAUAAGUACAUGAUCUUACAUUGUGAAAAGAAAAGAUUGAGACACCAUAUUAUGACGAAUUACGGAAAAUUUUGCACCGUGAGGGAUUUGACAAAUAUUAAAGCCAAAAGUAAAAGCAAUAUAGGAGCGGAUGUAUCCAUUUGUAAAGAAAAAAAUCAGUUUAAGGGUUUGUAUUUUUCUACGCCUGAUAUGAAAAAUUCUAUGAAUGCAUGGCCUGAAGUUGUGUUCAUUGACGGGACUUACACAUUACUGGACAAUAAUUUAACACUUACGAUUGUAGCUGUAGAAGAUUCUAAUGGCUUAACAAAUAUAGUAGCGAUCGGCUUAUUAGCAUGUAAAGACAUUCCAACUUUUGAUUGGUUUAUUAAAACAUUUAUUAAAAAUAAUCAGGAACCAUGCUCUCGAAUAAAAUCUUUUAUGGCAGAUAAAAGUAUAGUAGAAAGAACCGUAUUAAAAAAUAAUUUUAAAAACGUUCCUGUAUAUAUAUGCAUAUUUCACACACUGCAAGCUGUGAAAAGAGCAUUACAAAAAAAGAAUAUUUCAGUAGCUCAACAAACGAAAAUUUUUGAACUAUUUAAAAAUCUAGCCUACAAAGUGCCGGCAGAAAUAUUAAAAUAUUUCAAAGAUCAUUGGUUUAAUUGUCAGGAAGAGUGGACAACAUUCAAUAUGAAGGAAGAGAAUUUCAACAAUAGUUCUAAUAAUCGUGUUGAAUCCUUAAAUCAAAAAGCUAAGCAAAUAGUCGAAAAAAGAAGUUCACCGACCGAUUUUAUAAAAUCUCUUUUCAUAUUUAUAACUUCUCUUAAUACCGAAAUUGAUUAUAAAGGUGCCGAAAAUUUUCUCAAAAUUAAAACUAAAAAUUUAAAUGAUACUGACCUAACUAAUUAUCGUAGUGUAUUAACUGAAAAAGGAUUUAAUGAAUUGAAGAAAGACUGGAACAACUACACCAAAGUUCAAAUCUACACAAACUGCGAAAAUAAAUAUUUUUAUAAAGAAGAUGGAGUACAAAUUGAAGUUUCUGAAAAUUGUUGCCUCUGCAGAGAUUGGUCAUCUAUGCGUCUACCAUGCCGACAUAUAUUAGCUACUCGGAAAUUUUUAAAUUUGCCAUUGUUCAGUGAAGAGCUUUGUCAUGAGCGCUGGACUAAAAACUAUUACCGUAAAAAAGAACGAACUUUUCAGAAAGAAAGUAUCUCCGCUUGUUCUAAUAUACCAUUAGUCACUGAAAUAAAAUCACCAGUUGAGACUGAAAAAGACCGGCUACACUUUGCAGAAAAUUGCAUGAGUGGAUUAGUUUCAAUAAAAUUAGAGGUAUUAAAACAAAUUCUUGCUUUAUGGAAAAAAAAUCAAACUUUUUCACUAGAGGAAUUUAAAAAUUAUGAAAAACACAAUGCUUGUUCUGCUAAUAUAAAUAAAAAAUUUGAAAGACUUACUAUUGAAACGAAAAGUAUAUUAAGCGUGCCAAAAAAAAGAAAAAUUGUGCAACUAGUUACACAUGAUCUAAUCAAAGUAUGGUCAUCAUCCACGGGCGAAGAAUUUGAAAUUAAAUCGAAUGUCAUAAAGCUUCUAAAAGAUUUUUGGAGUAAAAAUAAAGAAAUAAAUAUUACAACACCAAAUAGCAACGAAUUUGAUGCUGAAAAUUUAUUGAAGGAUCCGGACACGACUCUAAACAACUCAUGUUAUAUCAAUGAUAAUAACGAUCAGAUUCAAUCUGUUUUAUUGCCAGCUACCAUAAAAAUAAAAGGUCGUCCACGUCUAAGUCUAAUAACAAUGCCACCAAAGUAUAAAAAAAACCAAAAAACAGAACCUAAUGCAAAUAAAAUAAAUAAAAAGAUAACGAAAGAUGCUGAUAAAAAACUGUAG